CAGGAAGUCGUUUGUCAGUCCCGUGACGUCAUCAGAGUGCGUCGGCGGAAGCAUGGAGCGGUGGUGGAGGACCGGAGCGACCUGGUUGUUGGGAGCGGGGCUCGGAGCUUCAGUGAGCCGCCUGCUGAGCGCUAGAUGCCGGGAGGAGGAGGCGGAGAGACCCGGGGGUGAGGAGACUCUGCUGGGGAGAGUCCCGGUACUCCCGGUACCGACAAUACUACCGGGGGUCCAGGCCGCCGACUUACAGGUGAGUCCUGGCGGCUCCGGAGCGGUGAUGAAGUACGGCUUCCCCUCGCUGGCCAACAUCAAGACGAGAGAGUCCUACGUCACCUCGUACGACCCCCGAACACGCACUGCAUCCUGGGUAAUAGAGAGGCUGGACCCCGCCUCCCUCAGCGGCCCCUCCAACAGGAAGUACUGCGACUUCAAGGAGGACGACAGCGUGCACGUGUUUCACAGAGCGACCAAUGAGGACUACAGGGGGAGUGGUUUCGACAGAGGACACCUGGCCGCUGCAGCCAAUCACAAGUGGAGUCAGAAAGCCAUGCAGGACACAUUCUACCUGAGCAACAUCGCCCCUCAGAACCCCCAUCUGAACCAGAAGGCCUGGAACAAUCUGGAGCAGCUGUGUCGCUCUCUGACCAAACGCUACCUCAACGUCUUCGUAUGCACCGGGCCGCUCUACCUGCCCAGGCAGGAGGCUGAUGGGAAACUGUACGUCCGAUAUCAAGUCUUAGGAAGAAACCACGUUGCCGUGCCGACGCACUUCUUCAAGGUGCUGAUCCUGGAGCAGGGGGGCGGCCGGGGGGUGGAGCUUCGCUCCUACGUUUUACCCAACGAACCAAUCGAUGAGAAGAUUCCUCUGGAGCGUUUCCUGGUUCCCAUAGAAACCAUCGAGAGGGCGUCGGGACUCCAGUUCGUCCCCAACAUCAUGAAGAGGACCAGCAGCCUGCAGGCCGUCACCGCUACCCACAAUGCACUGCAGCCAGCCAUCACCGCUGGAUAAACUGCUCUACCCACAAUGCCCUGCACAUCUCCACAGCUGUUGAUAUUGUUUGAGUGUAAUGUUCAGUUAGUUCAUAAUUUUCUCAGGAAACUCUGAGAAGUUUGGAGAUAUUUAAUAUUUAAAGAUGAAUUCUGAUUUCAUAUGAUGUAGAAAUGAAAACCCUUUGAAUGUAAAUUAAACUAAUAAAUGUUUGUUCAGACUCU